AUGAAUAUAAUUUCUCCAGGCGAUGACCGCGAUUAUAUUCCCAUUGCUGAUCAUGGACUGAUCGGUAAUCUCAGGACGGCUGCAUUGGUUAGCUUGGACGGAUCAAUUGAGAGCUACUGCGUUCCAAACUUCGAUUCGCCCUCCGUCUUCGCUCGGAUCUUGGACAAGGACAAGGGUGGACAUUUCUCCAUCACUCCGACGAUCCCUUUCACGUCGAAGCAGAAUUACCUUCCAAGCUCCAAUGUCCUCCAAACCAAGUUCAUGAACGAUGAGGGUGUCAUCAGUAUCACAGACUUCCUUCCACGCCCUCGGCAGCCCAAUAGCAUUCUCGACACACACAAGCCCCUCCUUCCCUGGCUAGUUCGACGCGUCGAAUGUGUUCGCGGAAAAGUCCCGCUUCUCAUGCAAUGCGCUCCAGCAUUCAACUAUGCCCGCUCCUCCCACGUAACAACCCUAGUCGAAGACACCAGCAUACCCUUUGGCCCGAAACGGCACAAAGUCGUCUUUGAUUCAGACAGCUUCUCUCUAGACCUGCGCUACGUGGUUGAGAGCACGGAGGACAUUACUCAGAUCGAUCCAGAGCCUGACAUUGAGCUCAUCGACCUCUCAGAGAAAGGCCACAAGGGGCUUGCCGUCCAGUCGGCUUUCACGCUCUCUGAGGGCCAAAUAGUCACGUUCGUUUUGAGGACACCGCCGACGGAAGUUAUUCGUGCACCACUGUCUGGCCAGAAUGAGGCUUUGACCACCAACACCAAUCAUUACUGGUAUGAUUGGAUCAGCAAAUCCACUUACACGGGCUCUUGGAAGGAGUCUGUUCAUCGCAGUGCCUUGGCGUUAAAGUUGUUGAUCUAUGAGCCAACUGGUGCCGUUGUUGCUAGUCCAACAUUCAGUCUUCCCGAAUAUAUCGGGGGUGUUCGAAACUGGGACUAUCGUGCUUCUUGGAUUCGUGACUCUUCUUUUACGUUGUACGCAUUAAUCCGCCUUGGGUUCACUGAAGAGGCCAAUGCCUACCUCGGGUUCAUCUUUGAACGGAUUAGGAACAAGAAUGCAGAUGGGAGUUUACAAAUUAUGUACACUAUCCAUGGCGGCAAAGAAUUUGAAGAAAUUGAGCUCGACCAUUUAGAUGGACACAAAGGAUCGCGACCGGUACGAAUUGGGAACGGCGCGAUAGACCAUGUCCAACUGGAUAUUUACGGAGAGUUAAUGGAUUGUAUUUACCUAGGACAAAAGUUUGGAAGACCCUUGGAUACCGAUCUGUACGUCAUCUCUAUUUUUAUCAUCGAGCUUCUGUCAACAUUGGUACUCUGUAGAUCCAUCUGGGAAGUCCGAGACACGCAACGUCAUUUUACUUACUCCAAGGUUAUGCUUUGGGUCGCUAUGGAUCGUGGUCUCCGUCUAGCCGACAAAAGAUCUUUUCCCUGCCCCAAUAGAUACAAAUGGCUUGCGGCGCGCGAUGAACUCUACGAAGAAAUCAUGCACAGGGCCUGGAACAAAGAGGGCAAAUUCUUUGGACAAAGCUACGAGGAAACGGACGUGGUCGACGCAGCAGUGCUAAUUAUGCCGCUGGUUUUCUUCAUGCAAGCUUCCGAUCCAAGGUUUGUGAGCACCUUGAAGCAGAUUUUAAAAACACCCGCGAAAGGGGGCUUGACGUCGAAUAACCUCGUUUAUCGGUAUGAUACCAAGAAGACGGCGGAUGGCGUCGGAGGUGAGGAGGGCACAUUUUGCUUGUGUACGCUGUGGUGCAUCGAGGCAUUGACGCGUGCAGGUCAAAGCGACCGAACCUUGAUCCCAAAGGCGGUGUCGAUGUUUGAGGACUUCUUACUUUACCUGAACCACGUCGGACUUUGCACAGAAGAAAUUUCUGAUGCUGGAGUAGGGUUGGGAAAUGCAGUUCAGGGAUUCACUCAUGUCACCUUGAUUUCGGCUGCGUACAACCUUUCCAGGACGCUCCACAAGAAUGUGUGAUUAUGUGGGAUGGGAAAUUCUGAAGAGGCCCUUGAUAUGAAUUAAGAAGGAUAUAGUCAACUGUACAAAGAGUAAUUUGCUUUCGAGGAGCUUCGAGCUUGCCAUUUUAUUUUCGCGGAACGACCGCGCUUAUC